CUCCAGCAGGCAGCUGUUGCUGUGUGGCAUGCAGUCAGGCAGUGUCCGGGCCUACCCCCUGCAGCCACCUGACUUCCACCUCACAUCCAUGCAGGCCUUCUGGGCCCUCAGCGUCCAUGACAACCAGUAUGGACAGCUGCGCCAGCUGCGCUGUAGCUUUGACGACCAAUUUGUCCUGACGACAGGGGAGGACGGCAACAUCUUCUCCUUCAGCCUACUGCCCCAGGAGGACCUGCUUAAAGCCCUGCAGCGCAGCAAGGCCAAAGUCCCCUCACCACGGGUUGGCGUUGAAAUGGAGGGUGUGGCCCAGGAUAUCGAAGACCCGUCGGCAUACAGCAUUGAGACGGCUAAGCAGAAGUUGGAAAUGGACCGUAUGCGUCGGGAGGCUGAGAUGAGGAAGGUGGAGAGACGUAAGAUGCUGGCCGAGCUGCAGAACCAGUUCAAACAGCUACUGGAGAAGAACCAGGGUCUGCCCGAACACGUCCGCUUGCACCGCACGGGGGCAGUGCUGGCUGGCCGCCAGGCAGAGAAACUCCGUAAGGCUACGGAGAAGGCAGAGCCGGGCCCGGUUAAGAUAGAGAAGAGGAGGAAAGAGGGGCUGAACU